CCCCUUCCCCUUUUUCGCUUGUUGCCUUUCGCCGUCGUCCCUUGUCGAUUGCCAUCGCCAGCCGCUCCAUGUCCACAGCACGGCCAGCAGGCAUCCCGGCUCCUACAUCGGAGCCCGUGGCCUCCGCGUCGGGGCAGCUCCCGCCCGCCGAGCAGGCUGCUGGCGAUGAACACCUGCCCAUCUUCGAUGGGCGACCCAUUCGCCCGAUCCCUCUGGUCACAUUCACCAGUCCAGCCACCGGCCAAGAGACGACCCUCCUCCGGGGCAUCCCGGCCGAUGGGGGAGCCAUCCAAACUGUGGUCAGCCCCGGCCGGCAUGCCCGCUACAUCAUGGAAAGCCCGGCUCAGAUACAGCGCGCCCAAUUUGGCCUCGAGGCGCGAGUGGCCCUUGCUACGACCGCCAUGACUUCCGCCAUCCCCGAUGCCGAGCAGUCCGCCUUUGGACCACGGCGGUCGUCACCUCCCAACACCCUGGAGGACCUCCAUCCGAUCGCUGUGGCCCGGUCUUUUGACACAUACAGCUCCCCGCCGACGGUCUUUCUCAACCCCGAUCGUGGGCGUGACCGGCAACGCGCGCCGUCCCUCGACAGUGCUCCCCCCUCGGCCGUGCUGUCCCCCCCGCCUUCCGGGUCUUCCGGGUCUUCCGGGUCUUCCGGUUCGUCUGGCUCGGACGUGGGAGUCGACUCCGAGUCUGAAGCCUUCUCUGUAUCAUCGACCUCGUCAGCUCCCAAUACCUCGGCUGAUAGCCAGGCCAUUGAGCAGGCAAUCAGCUCGGCCAUGCAGCUGCCACCCUUCAUCUCGCCGGUCAUCAUGUUCCCCAUUCCGGCCCUGAUGCAGCCGCCAAAGCCCGUCCCCGCGCCAGAUCUGGCGCCCACGCCAGCCCACCCGCCGGCCAUGAUAUCGGCUCCCCUUUCUGCUGGGCGUACCAACAAUCUCCCUCCACGUAGGCCCUCCUAUCAAUUGGACUCCUGCAAGGCCUGCUACUGCCAUAUGUGCACCUGCAGCUGCCAUCCCUCGGAGCACCAGCAUCGGGCGGUGUCCGAUGCUUUUGAUGCCUUCCCUCGCCGGCCGCCUCCCUCGCCGGCCGCUCCCUGCUCUGUGGACCCUCCAGAAAUCCCACCCUCUUCGACCAAUCCCCAUGGCAAUGACAACGAUCAGGAUGCCGACAAGGACAGCCUCGUGGCUUCCCUGCGUGCUCAUAUCAAGGACCUAGAGGCCCGGCUGAAGCGGUCCGAGACCCAGCGGUUCUGGUUUCGCGAGGCCCUGGAUCGCCUGCCGCUCGGAGUGCACAUCAUGCAGCGUCCCGACCCGGAGGACCGCUAUGGCUGGGAGCUGGUGUACGCCAAUCGCCAGGCUCGAGCCUUCAAUGGCCUGGAGGAGUCCAGCUACGCCGACUAUCGGCUGGCCGAUGUGCAUGGUGUUGCCGGGCUGGAGCCUUUCCUCAGCCUCUUCGAAAGGACCAUCGCCACUCGGGCGCCGGUGCGCUUCAGUGAUGCCUUCAUCGAGAGCCGCGGCACCGAGGGUCGCUUUUAUGCGGUCGAUGUGACGGCUUUCGAUGAGUGCACGCUCUUUUCGGUGCUUUCGGCCGAAAGCGAGCUGCACUUCCGCCGGACGGACUUCGAAAAGCGCAUUGAUCAUGCCGAGCAGGUCCGCGCGCGUUUUCUUUCCCUCCUGAGCCACGAGCUCCGGACGCCUCUCAAUGCCCUGCGCGGGGUAUUGGACAUCCUUCUGGAUUCGAUCCAGCGGCAGGGAGUGGCCGGGUCGGCCCCACUGCCAUCAUCCCUCCCCGACCGUGGCAGUAUGUUUUCCUCCUCUUGCGAAUGGUCCUCCUCCGAUGAGCGUGAGCCCCCGGCGGCCUCCUCCCUCUCUUCCUUCUCGCCUGCCUCGUCGUCGGGCAGCGAUUCGGGCUCCGGCGUCGGCCAUCUGGUUCGCAGCGGCUUCCAACGCCCGCCGCCGCUCGUCCAUGGUCCGGCUUCUUCGCACCCGGCCCCGGGCCCACUCUCGCAAUCCAAGAUCCGUUCGUACCUGGAGAUGUGUCGCGAGAGUUGCCACAAGCUGUCAACCAGUUUUUCGCAGCUUCUGUCCCUGGCGGAGAUUGAGUCUGGCGAGGGGGGCGAGACGCCUACCCUCCGCCCGGUGGCCAUUCUCCAGCUGGCACACAAUGCCCUCAGUGACGCCAUGCACUCCGAGCGCGAGCGUCUUUCGCACUUGCUCCUUUCGCCGAAUGACAGUCCCCUCGGGCUUUCCAUCCUACCCUUCCUGCACCCGGAGACGCUGGCUCUCUCAGUGGCCGGGCGCCGGUCGGCCGAGGCCUGGCUUGCGCGUCUUGCCUCUCCCGAGGCUACGAUGACCAACGGGCAAGACACGGCCACCCAGCGGCGCCAAAUCACGAAGGCCAUCCUGCUCAGGCGUCUGCUUGAAUAUCUGUCCAGUCCGGCCCCCGGGACCGGGCUGCCUCUGCCUGGCCCGGCCCCAGUGUCGGUCUCGGUGGCAGCCUCGGCCGACUUUGCCUGCAGUGAGAGCCUGCCCGAGUCGGCCCUGCUGGCGUGCUUCGAGCCCUCGGCCGGCUCUGGGGCCACUCCCGGCCAGGCGUCCAGCGGUGAUGGGCAGUCCACACUGCCCGGUGGCGAUUCCACGGUCCCCUGUUUCGUUGUCGGUGGUCUGGUGUCCAAGCCGGUGUCCUUCGAUCCGACAACGCACUCGGACCCGAAUGUCACCACGUUAGAUGGGCCGCUGGCUGGCACCGCCGGUCACGGGGCCGAAAACACCGAACGCCUGCUUUCGGCCCUGGUGGCUCUGUCAGGCAUGGCCGUCGAUGUUGACCUCUCCCUGGCCGCUUCUGCCCGGGCCAUGGCGUCGGAUGUGGUUCUCGGAUCGCCUGGGCGUCUGUCACGGGCCCUUACCAACUUGGUGACCAAUUCCCUGCACUACACCCGGUCCGGGACCAUCUUGGUUCAUGUGGACAUCGAGCCGAAUCUCUCCGCCGGCUGUGUGGCACCUCCCUCCCUGGCUGGAGCCCCGCCGGGGGAUCUUUGCACCUUGAGCAUCAAGGUCAUGGAUCGCGGCCGUGGUAUCGCUGUCGGGGACAUGUCCUCCAUCCUUGUGCCCUUCUUCCGGGGCACCAAUGCCCACUGUGCCAAUGCCCACUUUGCUCCCUCCUCGGGGCCUGGGGAAUUCGACGCAGCCACUUCCUCGGCCAGCCCCACGAGCGGGGCCAAUUCCGCGCCGGCCGUCGACUCGUCGCGCUUCGGCGAUCCGGCCUACAUCGCCACCCUACCGGCACUUAUGCAGCAUCGCAUCGCUACUCUGUCUCAUACUACUGGGGCUGUUCUAGCCACCGCCGCUGAGGCCGUCCCCAAAGAGGAGAUGGGCACGGUCUGCAGCAGCCCCACGAACGACUGUCCGGAGUCCGUGGCCGCUGGCCCGGCCGAUGGACAGAUCGACGAGCCAGAGCCUCUCUUCCUUGGUGCCCCGCUGGCCGGGGAUUUGCCGCUGGAGGAAACCUCCACCUCGGCGUCUCUCGUCAACUUGACCACCGGCCGGGUCCCGAUCACGGGUGUCAACCCCCUCCGUCGGGGCGAGGUGCCCCCCUCGACCCCGGCCCCCGCCGGGACCGUGUCACCUUCGCCAUCAAGCACGUCGGUUGCCUCUUCGAUGUCCUCGACUUCCCGUCCUCCGGUGCUUCCCACUUGUGCCCCGGAUUGCGAGGAGGCCGUGCCCCCGGAGGGCCCUCCGGUUAUGCCGGCCUCCAGCCAGCCAAGUCCAACCUCCUCGUCGGUCCCGACCGGGCCUUCUCCCCUGCUGGCAUCACUGGUUGGGGAUUUCCCCUGUGUCCCUUCUUCCCGCGCCUCGACCCUCUGGCCGCGGGCACAGCAAUUUGAUCCCCAGGGCCAGCCUCUGCCAACGGCCUUCUCCCCGGCCGAGGACUUCACAUCCAGCGAUCUGGUCAAGCGGGCCCUCCUGCACUUGGAUUACUACCGGUCGGCAGUCACCGCCCUGGAGGGGACCUAUCCUCCGGUGGAUGGGCCUGGCCUGGGGCUAAUCAUUACCCGGGAUCUAUGCCACAUGGCUGGCGGCUUGUUGGAGGUCCGCGCGGCCGAGGACUUUGGGGCCAUUUUCCACUUGAAAUGGCCCGUUGUCCGGACAUCGGCGUCUGUUGGUGCUGUUGGUGCUGGUGCUGGUGCUGGUGCCGCUUCCUCGACCGCCUCUCCGGCCAACACGCCCACCAUCCCGAAGAUGGCCUCUGCCGCUUUGGGGGUCCCCAUUGAGGCGAUGAAGGGCCCGAUGGAUUCCGGGCCUCCCACCGGGGCCAAGCCUCCUGUCGACAUCACGAUCCCCCCUGGUCCGGGUGUCGCUCCGAGCCAGGCUCCCAGCAGCGGCCUCCAUCCCGGGCCCAUGGGCCCGGUCCUUGCCACCACUCCUCUCGUGGACUCGGCCGACUCGUACUUCCUGUCGCCCCAUGCGGCGCGGACGCUGCGCUCGGCCUUCUUACACCUGGUGGACCGGCCAUACUCCCGGCACAAGGCCGUCAUCCGCAUGUGGCUGGACCAAAUGGCUGGCGGCGAUGGCCAUGUCACCGGGUCAUACUAUGACCGGGCUGUCCCCAUCAGCGUGCCGAACUUCUCCCGUUCCAAGCUGGGAUUCCUGCAGGGGGCCCCGCCGAUGGACAUGUCUGCCCCCUUGAGUCGCGGUCCGGAGGUCCAAUGUGCGCUGUCCCUCGCCGAGCUCCCCGAGCCGGGGCACAUCUCGCCAACCGGCCGGCCGGAGCUGCUCUUGGUCAAUGAGGCGGUGCUCUUUUCGCGACUCAUGCCGCUGAUCGAUCCGCAGGCUCUUGCUUUGUUGGAUUUGUCACCUGGCAGCGCGGCGGCUGACCGUGGAGAUCGGGUGACCGUCGCCGCGGCCGCGGCCAUUUCCCGCCAGCCCGAGACCGAAGCCCGGGCUGGGGAGGUGAGUGGCCGGUUCUCGGUGUCCGGCAUUCGUCUUGUCGAUGCCCCUAUCCUGUCGGAGAUGUUCCCCAUUUCCGAGGAGCUUCUCCGGCGCCAGGGAGCCGAGUGCAUGGGAGAAAGCCAUGGCGACUGCCGUGGCACACCGGCCCCCGGGGCCGAUGGGAGUGGCGAAAGCUCGCUUCCCGGCUGUUCGUGUGCUCAUUGCCCGGUUUCGGCUCGCGUUCUCCGGCACAGCUGGAAGCAUGGCCAUUGCCCUGUGGAGCCGCUUUCGCCGACGGAUGUGUUGCUGGGACUGCUGCGUGUCGAUCGGCCGUCUGUCCUGCUGAUUGACACUCACCGGGUGCCCUUCUGGCGACGUCUGUCUUCUUGGAUUGAGGACCUUUCGCUGGGGGAUUCCCCCCCCUCGGAGUCGCCCUUCCGACGGAUUGCCGUCAUUUGCAAGCCCAUCUCCCCGGUGAACUUGGUGCCGGCCAUGGAAUUCAUCCUUGGCGAUCCGAUGUUUGAACAGCAUCCGACCAGCGCAUCGGCCCUUGCUGCUGACACCACUCCGGCCAUCCCCCUGAAGCUCUUCCUCCAGGAGAAUCUCCCGGCCAUCGGGGCGUCUCCCGGCGGUGGGAGCCCGUCCGGGGGGUUGGCCAUCGCCGCGCACCAUCCCGCACAAACUCUCCCCCUGUCGCCGGUCGGUGUUGGCGUACUCCGUAUGGCUUCCUCCUUCUCGUCUUCCUUCGAGUCUGCAUCCAGUGGAGCCGAGCUCGAGGCCGAUCUCGACCCGUCGAUUUCCAUGGUCCCGGGAAUGCCGGCCCCGGGGUUGUGCCUGUUGGAUGAGCUCGUCGUGCCAGCUCCCACUCCUUGUCCCCUGGCGCUUGCUCGCCCGCCGCCCGUGCUUCCUCCUCCCCUCCUGACGGGGCCCAUUCCUCCGCAUGACGACUCCAAUUGCCGGCACUGUGCCGGCCUCGGCGAGGGGGUCACCUCGCGACCGUGUCCCCAUUCUUCGCUGCCGGUUGCCGGCGCCUCGGCAUUGGUGGCGGAUGGGUCUACAUCGCCCACAUCGCCGCGAGGGUGUGUUGCCGGCGCCCCGAUCGUGCCGGCGACCACGAGCACCACCGCUCUCGCUGUGGUUGCCCCACCCCCGAGGCCGACGAUCAUGUUCAGCCCGCCGCCAGUGCGCCUGGCAGACCGGCCCCCUCCGCGAGAUGACGGGCCACUGGUUCUCUGUGUCGAUGACAACAAUCUCAACAUGCUGGUCCUCCAGCGACUGGUCCAAUCGGCUGGCUGCCGGACCGUCUCGGCGCGCAGUGGAUUUGAUGCCAUUCGUGCGUGCCUGCAGCAUUCCUUCGCCAUUAUCCUCAUGGACUUGGCCAUGCCGGAGAUCGAUGGCUACGACACGUCGCUGCUGAUCCGCGACUUGCAUGGGCGCCUUCGCCCGGGUCCGGUUUCAGCCAUCGGUCCAGAUCCGGGACCUGGGGCCGGUGGCGCUGGGGCUGGGGCUGGUGCUUCCGGCACGUCGUCUCUGUCAUCCAGCUGCAGCUCGGACAUCGGGUCCUCGCUUGAGGAUGAAUGUAGCGAUGAGGGCGAAUGGUUUUCCACCAUGCCGACUGGCAUCAUGGAGAAGGGCGCACUUCGCCGGUCGUCCGGCAUUUUGGCUUCCCUCCAGCAGUCCGGGCGACCGGUCUCGACGGAGGCCGAAGCUGCUGGCUUCGGGCCGCAAAUUCCCCUUCCCCUGGCCCCGGAGGCCGGUCCCGCUAGCAGUGCCCUGCCAGGUGCCCUGACGUCAGUGGGCAUGUCUUCCGGCUCGCCGACUCCGACCACGGCCGCCAUCAACCACCCCGGCCCCGAGGCUCACACCUCCCCGACGGGAAUGAGUAGCACGAGCAGCGGCCUGGCCCUGCUGCCCGCUUCUCCAUCCCGCCUGGCUGCCUUCGAUCAGCGUGUCUGGGCCAUCAUCCAACGAGAGCGCGCCGAGGCCGGGCUUCGGUCCUCUCCCCUCCAGGUGGCGGCAUUUGAGCCGGUCACCCAGCCACCCUGCCCCGAUCAGCAGCUGCUGGCACAUUUGCGCCACAAUUCCACCACACCCAUUAUCGCUGUCUCAGCCAACACCACGACCGCCGACCGGCGGCGGGCCUUUGAGUCAGGCAUGAAGUCCUUCAUCGGAAAGCCCAUUGCUCGGGCGUGUUUGCUCGAUAUCCUCCAGAAGUACGCCGGCUGGCCCGGCCAGUGA